ACAUAACUGCAAAUAAUAUUCAAAGCCUUGUGAAUAUAGUUAAAAAGUUAGCUGUCAACAACAAAAGAUAUGAGAAGCAUUUCUUUGCUUUUACAACAAACCCUUUUCUUAAACCAGUGUUGACAACCUGACAAUUAUUACAGCCUACCCUUUGUAGUAAUUUUUAUACUCUAUCAUGUUCUUCAGUUGAAAUAUUGUCAGAGUACAUCAAUGUAUUAUCUCCUAUUAGAAGUGAGCUUUAGCUUCCACAAGCAAAACUUAAAACUUGGAAAAUAGGCCAAUUUUAAAAGAAAAUUUAAAGAGAAAAAAUAUUCUAUGUUUUCUGACCACUGGAACAGUAAAAUGUGGUACUUUACAGUUAGUUUUGCGAGCAGCAUUUGUGUAUGCUUGGGAUUUUUUGAAAAUGACAAAUUUUAUUUCUCAGAUGAGAAAGUUUUUAUCAUGUCACUAGUAUACAAGUAGUAAAGGAUAUUUUGACAACAAUUAAUGAUUGAAAAUCAAAUCUAUCUGUACUGUUUUGUAUAGGGAAGAAUUAAUGGGUAUGUUCAGUGAAACUAAAUUAAGAUCCCCUUAUCAAAAAAGAAUAGAACAAUAAACUAUCUAGAAAGUAUAAAUCUAAUAUACAGAAAAAUGCCUAUUAAUGCAGCUUGUGAAAAAAAAAGACUGAACCAUAUUGCAUUACAAGCAGAAAUUUCAAAAAGACAGACAUACAUAAGGCAAAAAAUUGAUGAAAAAGAAAGAAAGAGCUGGAGAGAUAUCUUUUAAUUAUACGAAGAAUUUAUACAAACACUUGUCUAACAAGCAACUUGCUGGUUUAAAUGAAAUAAUGCCAGAAAGAAUUGUAGGGAGAGAAGUUUUUCAUGAAUGGUUUGAUACAGUUAACAGCAUGUCUGUAAUGUAUGAUAAGCAAGUAGAAAAAAUAAAUACAGCUUAACUGUUUCUUACUAAAAGAACUAUACUAUUUCUUACUAAAAACAGACAGAACUAUUUUUUAAUGGAAAAUUGAAAAAACCAAUUCAGAAGUUGUUGGCUAUUGUAUGAAUAAGUUCCAUCUUGCAGAUGAUGUUAUAUCAGAAGAGUUAUUAUUUUCAUAAAUUUAUAAUGUGGUUUUAAAUGUGUACAUAUGAUAGACUGUUUUGUGAUAUAAGAUAUAUUGAUAUAUUUAUAUAAAUAAAGCUAAAUGUUAUGUAAAUAUAUAUUAUUUACAUAUAUAUAAAUAACGUACUGCAAGUGGCAUGACUUGAAAAAUAAGUACAGCAAUUGGUGUGACUUGCAAAAAGUACCUGCAAGUAGUGUGAAUUGCAAAUAAGGUGUCACAAAUGGUGUGACAUGCAAAAAGGUACAUAUAAGUAGGUACGCGCAUAUCGUGAUUUACGGAACCGAUUUUUGUGCUAAAAUUUUGUGACUCAUUUUUUUCACUUCUUUUUAGGCAGCGUGGGGUAAACGUAGUUUUGUGAUGUUUCUUUUUAGAAACAUGUAUACACAUAGAUACUUUUUGGUAAGAAGAGAAGCUUAUCUUUACUUUUUUAAAACUUUUUUGUAUGGUUACUAGACUUUUUAACAGAUUGUUUUGCUCCUGAAUAUUUAGUUGAUGUUUUCACAUGAAUUUGUUGUCGAAGGCAUGUCGCGUCUGCUUUUUUUGUUAUUCAGGCAGUUUUUUACAUGCAAUUUCUAUUUAUGUGCCAAAUUUCAACGAAAAAUAAUUGGGAGCAGAUAUGUUACAAGGUGCUUUAUUAAAUAUACUGCUUUUUUUAGGUAGGGUUAGACAAACGUUUUUUGUGGUUUUUCUUUUUAGAAACAUAUAUAAACAAAAGUUAUAUUUGGAAAGAAGAAAGUCCAAUAUGCACAGACUACAACUGUAUCUACCUCUUGUGCAAGAACUCUUUUUAAUGCAUACAAAUUUAUCAUUGAUUGCAAUAUUGAUUUUUAUAAUAUAUUUUUUACCUUUAGUUCUUUCUACGUGUGCUACGCCUGAUAAUUACAUCUUCAGCUGUCACGCCAAUUCUAUCUGUACUACCUUCAAACAGUAAAUUUAUGAAUCUGGAAUGUCUCUGAUUAAUUAUUGAGUUCCUCCUAUUCCUAUUUAUAUAAUCUAUUUAAUACUUUUGUGUUUUGUUAUAUGAAGCUUAUAGGUCAUUUCGAACUUAAAAUUAAUAUCAUUUACUAAAAGCCAAGACAUAGAGUAAUUACUAUGUUUCAAAACAUUUUUAUUUUUUAUU